AUGGCACAGAAGGCGACGAAACGUGAGACCGAAACUACUGGAGGGAUAACCAACCUGACACCGGAGGCGUGUCAAUCCGAGGAGGCGCACGAGAAGGUCGGGACUGCGCUGAAACACUUGAACAAGAGCCGGGAGAGUGCAAACGCGCUACGGCUGGUGGAAAUCGUCUCUGCCACCAAACAGGUUACCAACGGAUUUCGAUAUGUCUUCACUGUGAAGCUGUCGGUUGGGGGAAAGGCGGCAAGCCAGUACAAAAUCGUGUACUUUGAGAAGCACGGCAAGCCAGAGAACCCCGAGAUCUCGCUGACUCGCGUUUGA